UAGGUGAUUCCCUUUAUAUAUAUCCCACAGGGACACAAGGCCUUCUAAGCCUUCACCAGUAUCUCUAGAAGGGGCGACCAGACUUUGUGAGAGAACACAGACAGAUGGCUACAACAAUGAACGUGAGGCUUCUUCUUGUUGUACUUCUAAUUGCAGCAGCAGCAACAGUGCUACCUCGAACAGAAGCUGCUGAUCAUGUGGUCGGAGACGCCACUGGUUGGAUCGUACCUGGCAACGAUACCUUUUACUCCACCUGGGCUGCCAAUAAAACCUUUUCAGUUGGUGAUGUUCUGGUCUUCAACUUCGCCACCGGACAACAUGACGUUGCGACAGUUAACAAAGACGCCUUUGACACCUGCAACAAAGCCAGUAAUAUCGCCCUUGAAAAUAAUGGACCGGCCAGUAUCAAUCUUACUAACGCCGGAGAAAACUACUUCAUCUGUACGUUCGGACAGCACUGCACCGGUGGACAAAAGUUAGCCGUUAAUGUCACGGGUACCAGCACUACUCCAUCACCUCCAGGAGUUAUGGCGCCUCCGCCUCCGCCUCCGCCUCCGCCUCCACCGAGUGGCUCAUCAGCGUCAUCUCUUGCGGCUACUUUCUCUCUUAUUCUCGUCACCAUUGCCUCGACUAUCUUUUAUCUAUUUUAAUUAGUUUCGAUCGAUUUCUAGUCUAUUUCAUACAGGGAGCUUAAUUAAUUAUGUGGGUUUUGUUAUUUCAUAUGUAGAAUUCCGAUUUGAGGAUAUUAUUUGGGUAUAAAUAAAUCUUUUGGAUGAGCAGGAAGACUUUCUGUUCUAGUCUUUUA